UCUGUGCGCAGGCGCGGGGGGGUGGCGGCGGCGAGGGGCGGUGGCGGCGGACGCGCUCGCGCGUGAGGGGGAGAGAGGGAGCGGGCGCGGGGCCGGGAGCCGAGCCGAGCCGAGCCGAGCCGAGCCGGCGGCCGGAGCCGGGCGGUGUCCGUCGCUCCGCGGCGCCUCGCCCUCGAGCAGGUUUCUUCUCCUCAGGGAACGGUUCCCCUCCCCGCGGCGCACGCGGGAGCCCCGGUCCUUCCCGCCGCCCCUCAGGCGAAGUCCCCUCAGCUCCUCGCCCGCCGCCCGACCCGGGUAGCGCCUCGCCGCGCUCAGCUGCCCCCAGUGGGCGGCCUCGUCCUCCUGCCAUGGCUCUCUGCCGGCGCCUGACCCGGCUGGCCGCCCACCUUCAGGACCCGCGGAAAGUGGCCGCCUUCCAGCGGCUCUGCGGGGUGGAGGGGCCUUCGGGCUGGGCCGACGCGGAGCAUCGGGCCGGGGGUCGGGGGCCGGUGGUUAACGGCGGCCCCCCGGCCGCAGAGCAUCCCGCCGGGAACGGGACCGUGCCCGGCGGGGCGGGCCCCCAGCAGCGGUGGAGGAGGAGGCCGCGUCGCAACUCCCUCACGGAGGAGGACGGCAGCCAGGAGUUCUCCACCCGCAGCCGCUUCCUCUACUAUCUCUUCAGCCUGGGCACGGAGCUGGGUAACGAGCUCUUUUACAUCCUCUUCUUCCCUUUCUGCAUCUGGAACUUGGACGCCUGGCUGGGCCGGAGGCUUAUCAUCAUCUGGGUGUGGGUGAUGUACCUGGGGCAGUGCACCAAGGAUGUCAUCCGCUGGCCGCGGCCUGCCUCCCCGCCCGUGGUGAAGCUGGAAGUCUUCUACAACUCCGAGUACAGCAUGCCCUCCACCCACGCCAUGUCGGGCACCGCCAUCCCCCUGGCGCUCCUGCUGCUCAGCUACGGCCGCUGGCAGUAUCCCCUUAUGUUUGGACUGAUCCUUGCAUUCUGCUGGUGUUCUUUGGUUUGCUGUAGUCGAAUUUAUAUGGGAAUGCAUUCAAUUUUGGAUGUUAUUGCUGGAUUUCUGUAUGCUAUUCUUAUCUUGGUUGUCUUCCAUCCAGUUGUGGACCUGAUCGAUAACUUCAACUUAACUUACAAAUAUGCACCCUUAAUUAUCAUCAGUCUCCAUUUAGCCCUGGGCAUCUUCUCUUUUACUCUAGACACCUGGAGCACAUCACGAGGAGACACAGCUCAGAUACUGGGCUGUGGUGCAGGAGUAGCCUGUGGCUCUCACAUUAACUACAUGAUGGGUCUAAAGCUAGAUCCUCCUCCCGAUACCUUACCUUUGUCUCUUUCCUCUCUCACUGUGACUGUGUUUGGAAAAGCCAUAUUGCGGUUGUUGAUUGGAGUAAUAGUUUUGUUGUUAACAAAAGUAGCAAUGAAAAAAGCCACUAUUCCACUGGCAUGUAAAAUAUUUCGCAUACCACACGAUGAUGUACGGAAAGCAAGACAACGCAUGGAAGUUGAGCUUCCCUAUCGCUAUAUUACGUAUGGAAUGGUUGGGUUCUCCCUCAUGUUUAUUGUUCCUUCCCUCUUCCAUUUUAUUGGUCUUUCUUGAUGCAGUUUUAUCACUUUAAGUAGGGAGAACAGAGCUAGUUGCUUUUUGAAGAGGUGCACUAGUUUGCUAAGGGAAGGCCAGUGAGCUUGGCUUUAGCAGGGUCUUCACUUUAACAGCAAUACAUAUCAGGCAAAGCAUUUAAAGAACUUUGCACGACUUUGGGUAUGGUAUGGGGACAGAAGUCAAAUAUCAGUCCACAAGAAGUGCUGAACUCUGUAAAUGCUAUGUCUAGACUUAUUGCUAUAACAAAGUCUGUGUGUGUGUGUGAUGCAAUGAAUGUAUGUGGAAUGUCUGUCAUGCUGUACCUGUAUACACUGACACUUUAACAGGUAUGUCUGACAGCUAAUCAGAAAGCUCCAUUCAUGAUCUGUUUGCCAUUUCGUAGUAAUUUAUUCAAGUUGUUGGACCAUAGACUGCUAAAUUUGCUUUAUUCUUUCCUGAAGUCCUGCUUCAAGAUGUUUCAGCUAAUAGGCAUUUCUAAUGGACCAAACCUGCAAUGAGGUUGAAGUUUCUAAAAAAACAGAGACGCCUUUUUCUUUAGCUCCCUCUACAGAGUAAAAUGUCUGGAUUGGCAUUGGUUGAUAUCGCUAGAGUAUUUAUGAUGCAGGUACUGUAUUUUAUGGUUUAAUAACUGUGCCUUUCUGUUGCUAAAUUAAGAAAUGCCAUAUAUACUGUGAUGUAGAAAUGCCUAAUUUUAUUUAAAAUCUUACACAAUUAGGCAGAUAUUUUUAAACGUUAAAUUUUUCCAUGUUGCUGGCAUGGUUCAGGUUAACCGGAAUAUUCAGUUUAGCCUGAUCAAAAUUGCAUAAAUGGAAUGACCCAAGAAUCGCAUCCAUAAGCUCAAGGUGUUGUAAAUGGACAAUAAUCCCUUUUGUAAGUAUUUUUAAUGUGUAUUGUAAGUUACUGGAAGAGGAUAUAUUUUUCUGGAGGUUGUUUAUACAGUGGACAGAUAUUACAAUUAAUUAUCUAAACAUAUAAACAAUAAAAACACCCCAUUCUGCAAAGAAAUGGGCCUCGCUUAUUAUUCCAAACUAAUUUAGAAGGACCAUUAGUUUUAGAUAUUUGCUUAGAAAAUAUAAUCCUUAUUCUAGAAAAAAACAUGUAUUUUUAUGCAUUAACAUACUGUAUUUAAAGGCGAUAAUCACCUUUACCCAAUUUAGAUAGCUAUAGACAAUAUAACGAUCAAAUUAAAUUUUUAAUCAUUCUGGUAGGCAGACUGGGAGCAGUCAAGACAGUAUGGUCAAUGCAUAAAUGGUUUGUGCAUAUCUAAAUUUUUACUGAAUUAUUAUGCACUUUGCAGCUUUUGAUGAUCCUUUUUCCAGUGAUGAGUAGAAUAUGACCCUUCAACUGUAAAUUCAUGUGCUUCUUGUGUUUCAUUUUGUCUAUGUUAACGUGUUGCCUAAUCUGUUCUUUCCAUGUCAGGAACUGCCAUAUUGCAGCAACAGCUGUAGUACUGUCUGGCCAGACAUGAAUUACUUAGUUUUGUAUUGGGCUUUUUUUCUUUUUAGGGAAAACAUAAUUUGGUUGGGUAGUGAUUAGAUAGACUACAAAACCUACAUUUUUUUGUAAACAGUAUUUGGAAUUGGAAGGAUUUUUUUUGUAUUGGAGCUCAUAUUUCCAAAUUGCUAAUAUGUAAAUUAACAAAAUUAACUAUAUCUCUUUCCUUAAAGCACUCAAAGUUAUGGUACGCUGGCAUUCGAUGAUGGGAAAAGCUAACUUUUCUGAUGCGUUUCUUCAGUGCAUUCAGAAUACGCUGCUAUGAAUGUACUCAAACUGUUCUAUUCAGAAUUGACAGUGUGUUAAACAACUUGUGUGACCGAAAAGACCUUACCUACUAGAAAAUGGUUAGCUUGUUUCACUGCAUAUUUCUGCAUUUGAAUUUUUUUUUUCGUAUCUGUUCUUCUUUUGCAGUUUAAUGCUGAAUGUGCAGUAAAAGGUGAAUUGGUUUCCAAGGUUUUGAGGGGGGGAUUUCCACUGGUUUGGCUUUGCACACUAAGUCAUUGAAAUAGCUGAGGGGAAUGUACACAAAAUGCCUUACGCUUAAAGCCCGGAGCAAGUGGUGGUGUUCCAAUUAUAUUAAAUUAGUCUGAGGACUGGAGAAAAUAAUAGGGUAACUUUUUCUGAAAUUUAGGGCAUAUUCUUGUUAAAUAUCCUAGCUUUACAAUUUACAGCAAAAAAUGUUUAAAUUCAAGCACAGAAGAGACAAGUGAGCAAAACUAAUUUUUUAAGGUACAUAUUUGACUUCUAGGAACUUCAAGUUUACAGCAUAAGAAUGUUCUUAAAGCUGUAUUUUCUGGCUGUGCUUGCUCUCUUGUACUAUUAAUGGAAAAUAGAAUCUACUGUGGAAGAUCUAGAAAGAGUGAAAAAAAUCAUAAGCAGGGAGGGCUUUCAACAGGCUAAGGAAAAUUGCACUGUAGCUUAUUCUACUGUCACUCAUAAAUAUAUAUUUUAUAUUUUUAUACAAUACACUGGGUAACUUCAAAAUGUCAUGCUCCAUGUACCAUACAGUUCUGUACACAGGAAAUGUAUAUCAGAAUGUUUAUACAGCACCUUUACAACCCUAUCUCUAAGACUGCAACUGCUUUACUGAAGUUUGCAUGAGAAAAGUUUUACUAUUCAUGUUUUAUAAGGGGCUAGGCUCAAGAGGGAAGUUUAGCACAAAAUAUGCAGUAUGAAUGCUGUUAUAAAAAAAAGAAUCACAGAAAUGCAAGAAUUUAAAAAUCCAACUUAAAUGUUUGUAUUUUAGUAUAUUUUUUUAAAAAUAAGCUAAGAUUCCUCUAAAUCAGGCACAACAAAACAGCAGGCAAAACUGGAGCACUUUCUUUGCCCUAAGAUAUUCCAAGAGUUGAAUGUGAAAAAUGUUUCUAGUCUAAGCAUCAGCUGGUACCAAAUUAUUUAUAAAUUUAACAUAGCUUUAAAAGGUAGUUAAAUGUCUUUUCAGAAGGACAAUACUCUUGAAACCUUUCAUGAAGUGGUGCAGAAACAUAUUCAUAUGUCACUGCUAGUGAACUUCGUCAGUUCCAGGUUGUAUAGUCCCAAAGAAAUAAAUACUACUACUUCAUAGAAGCAGAUAUAAAUACACAUUUAUUAUAAAAGCUAGGAAUUAAAUUUGUCUUAAUCGAUUACUGCAUGAAAUAAAACCUGAAAGUAACAGUCACGUGGAGCAUAAUUUGGCGCAAAAUUCUGUUUUCUGAGAGGCUGAAGAGACUUGAAUUAGUCUUAGUCUGCCUUAAGCGUAGGAGCAGGAUUUUUCUCACCUGGCCCUCAGUCAGAACUAACAUAUGCAUUGCAUCUUGGGUAAGCUUUAGAAUUUAUUAUUUUGAAAAAAUUUUCAUGUUUAUAAAAAAAGCUAUUACCUUUGCUUCCCAUACCAUGAUCCGGGGUUGAAGCGUCUUUCUCCUGUGUGAUCACCUAUGAAGCUCUUCAGUUUCCGAUCACAUUUGCCUUACUGCUUACUGUGCAAACUGGGGGGCAAGGAGAAUGGGGAGGUGGAGAAGCUAUUUUAAGGUAAAUUGGCAAACCAAAGGGUGUUGUAUUUUGUUUUUGUAUUUUGUUUAUUUACUUGGAAAUUGUUUUAAGCUUAUGUACAGCUUUUCUCCUGUGGUGAAAAAGGAAAAAAAAAAAAAAAACAAAAACAAAACGGGAAGAUGCAUUUCUUUUAAAAUGGCAUCUCUAAAUGUGAUUUCUGGCUUUUUUUUUUUUUACCAGAACAGUGUUAAAUGGCCUGGAUUCUAAAAGCUUAUUGUUUUCCUUUGCUAUUGGUUUUUUUUAUUACUGCUUUCAGUAUUUUUUUUUACUGCAUUUCUUGCUUCUUUCCCACGGAGUGUCCUGAACUUUUUGUAAGCAAUUUAUGUGAUGAUUGUAACUUCGAACUUGUAAAUACUUAAGGGCUGUUAGUGGCUAUUAGCUGCUCAAAUACAUAAAAACAAACCUUGCAUGCUGUAAGUAAAUACAUCUGUUGUGCUAAAAGUUGCUUCUAUUUCAGUAUUUGCUUUCUCAAUAUAAAAUUGAGAUUUUUUUCACACACAACAUAUAUUUAAUAAUUAAUUGGUAUGAAGGGGCAUUGCUGUCUAACUCCUGUUAACUUCACUGGGAGUUCUGCAACUAGUUCCUUCUGUAUUACAGGGAGAAUGAACCCUGAAGGUCACGUCUGUGCUCUGAUAUGCGUACAGGCAUCAGCGUGGGUGAAGAGACUUCCCUUCUAAGGUGUAAAUGUAUUAUCCUUGCUUUUGAGGUCUGAGAGAUUGUUCUUUUUAACAGCAUACUUAACCCGUUUUUACAAGACUUUUAAAGGGCCUAACUUAAAGCUGUUUCUUAGGAACUGAAACUGGCUGUGCAUUUGCAACACUUAAUUGAUGCUUUCCUCCUCUGUACCAUAAUAGUGCUGAAUGAUGACAUCCCAGAAUAACGUCAGUAGGUAAAACAAUGACAGGAGAAUUGAUUCUUGGGGUAUUGUGACUCAACUUACUGUAAUUGAUUCUUGGGUGGUUUUUUGGUCUAAUGUAGACUGUUUCUAGGUUAUAUAAUGUACUGUUAUAUUCUACAAAUGACUUUGAGGAAACUUUGACUUUUUUGUGGGAGAAAGUCUCAUUGAAUGUCUUCACACCAGAAUUUUAUUCUAGUGGAAAGCUUGAGGCCUUUUCAUUUCAGCAGAAAUAUAUAAGCCUAUUUUAAAAUUUACUAUAAUACUGUAUUUGUCAAAUUGACAGAAUAGUUGAGUCACUAACGUUGUUUUUCUUCCUAUAAUACUACUUGAAACAAAGGCAAACAAAGCUUAAUUUGGAAAAAAAAUGUUUUAUUGUGUGGCAGAGAGGAUAUAGCUCUUUAGGUGUUACUCUAAAAAGCGAUUAUCACACGCUGGAGUUGAGGCAAAUUUAACUAUGCAUUAGAAAAAUUUCUUUGCACUCCAUUCUGCACCAGAAAUAUUUUGCAUGUUGGUAAGAGUUCAUUUAACAAAAUGAAGCAAAGCAAUAUGGACUUGCAGUGCAUAAUUAGUAACUCUUCCUGUAGGAUCAAAAAAGAAUAGAUGGUACACAGGAGAAUCCUACCUUAAAUAUAUUGACCAGUAAAUGUAAAUAAAAAGUCCCGUCAAGUUGGGCCAUUUUAUUAGUCACUAAACUUUGACUAAAUUAGUCACUAAACUUUUCCCACAACUUUAUUUUUGUUAGAAAGUGUAAUGAAAGACAAGGGUGAUAUUCCUGAAAUGGAAAUUAGAUCAUAAGACAAUUCUAGAUGUCUAAAGUAUCAUCACCGAAAAAGAUCGGUCCAGGAGCUAGUAACCUGAAAAGUAAGAGCAAAGUCUGAGGGGGAUUUUGUAUUAAACUUAAUGCACUUAAACAUGAUGCCAAAAUUUGGCCUAUACUUGAUUUAUAUGAAAUCUGUAGUACAAUAUAGAUAUAUAUAUAAUAUAUUGCAUAUUGGAGUUUAAUUUUUUAUCUAUAGAUUUUUUCUUGUUACUGCAUUACCUGAUAAAAGCAAAUGUUCAUAAAAUAUAAAACAGCUUUGUCUGUAUAAUGUAAGGCUGUAUGUUAGCAGUAUUUUGGGAAAUAAUGCAGUUGUAACCCCCAGUCUCUCAACCUCUUUGAGAACUUUAUUUAUAUAUUAAAAAAAAGUACUUUCAAAUGCAAGCCCUGAAUUAUUUGAGGAUCAUAUAAUGGUUGCUGUAUAAUAGUGUACAACUGAUGUUUUUGAAAUUAAUACAUUGGAACUCUUUGUUAUAUUAUUGUUAAUGAUUUUAUACUCAUUGUACACUUCCUGCAGUUGUCAACUGAUAUUUAAACGCAUAUUGACUGGUAACUGAAGUGUCUAAUUUCAUCUGCAAUUAAUGGGUAAUAAACUACUGUUGGAUUCAAAGUGUUCUGCU